AUGGACUACUCAAUUGCUGGCAAACAACUCAAGUUAAAUAACGCUGAGGAUGUGGAUUUCAUCGUUAAAGAAAUCAACGGUAAUCCUUUGAAAUCUUUAGAUUUAUCAGGUAACACCAUUGGUAUUGAAUCAUCGAAAAAAAUCAGUGAAAUCUUACAAUCCUCAGUUGAUACUUUACAAACUAUCAAUUUAUCAGAUAUCUUCACUGGAAGAUUAAAUACUGAAGUUCCUCAAUGUUUAUCAUACUUAUUACCAACAUUAUUGAAAUGUAAACAUUUAACCACCAUCAAUUUGAGUGACAAUGCUUUGGGUUUACAAACAAUCGAACCUAUUGAACAAUAUCUUAGUAAAGCCGUCACUAUUGAGAAUUUGAUUUUAUCAAAUAAUGGGAUGGGACCAUUUGCCGGGGAAAGAAUCGGGAAAUCCUUAUAUAAAUUAGCCCAAUUAAAGGCAUCAAAUGGUCAUCCAAGUUUAAAAACAUUUAUUUGUGGUAGAAAUAGAUUGGAAAAUGGAUCGAUGAAAUAUUUGACUUUAGGGUUGAUUCAUCAUAAAGAUUUACAAGAAUUAAGGUUAUAUCAGAACGGGAUUAGACCUAUUGGGAUUUCCAUCUUAAUCAAUGGUUUAAAAGCCAAUAAAAACUUGAAAAUUUUGGAUUUACAAGAUAAUACUUUAACUUACUUAGGUUCAACUUCGAUUUCUAAGAAUUUGAAUGAUUGGAAGUUAACCGAAUUGAACUUGAAUGAUUGUUUAUUGAAAUCUAAAGGGUUUGGUGAAAUUUUGGAGGUGUUAGAACAUCAAGAUGGUUUAAAAACGUUGAAAUUACAAUAUAAUGAGUUAAAUAAAGAAGUAUUAACCAAAUUAUUUGAUGUAGUACAAAAAUUAACCUUGGAAUCUUUAGAAAUCAAUGGUAAUAAAUUAGAAGAUGAUGAUGAAUUGAUCGAACAAUAUCAAGAUUUAUUGGGAGAUAAAGUUGAUGAAAUGGAUGAAAUGGAAGGUGAAGAUAGUGAUGAUGAAGAAGAUGAUGAAGGAGAAGAAGAUGAAGAAAUUAUAGAUUUUGAAGAGUUGGCUAAGGAAUUAGAUGGUACUGAUGAAGAUCAAGAUGCUGGUGUUGAUAGUAUUGCCGAUAAAUUAGAUGAGACUCAUAUUUAA